GUUUCGUACCUUGAAAAAAUACAUACAAAUUUACAAGUGUAUUCAAAUUUAUACAACAAAUUAAAAAAAUUAAUUUUUAUAAUUGUAAUACUUCUGAAAAUUUAGGUAACAUCCGUAAUGGGUCAUUAUGCUAGCGGUGAUACACGAAAAACGAUACAUAGCUCUGAAGAUGACGAAGGUUAUGAAAAUCAAUCUUAUAGUACAAUAUCUAUUGAAUUACAAGCUCGAUCAGGUAUUACAGAUAAACCACGUUUAUCGUUUGGGAAAUGUGAAGGAAUUUCUCCAUUACCAAUACCGCCAACGUCAGACGACACUGAUAGGCCGUUUUGGGGGGAGGAUGAAUUAAGUAGCUCAGAAUCAAGGCAACAACUAAAUCCAAAACAGAAACGUCGUCGUAGUUUUUCUUAUCGAAAUCGUAUCGCAUUACGAUCAUUACUUUUCCAAUCAUCAAGCUCUAGCAUAGAUUCGAUAUCUGAGCAAAUUUCAUCGAGAGUUCUUAAACAGGAGAGAUACAGUCGAUAUGCAGGACGAUUUGGCGUGGAACAAUUACAACCUGGAUGUAGUGUUACAAAAAAGAAAUAUGCGUAUAAAAAAGUACCCCUGUUUUCGUGUAACGAUCAGAAUGUUUAUUCAAGAUGUAGAAAUUCAAUGCACAAGUAUGCACAAAAACGUAAUUCAGUGUUAACGAAUAAAAAAGUUCGUCGAAAGAGUUGUUCGACAUCGUCUUCGGGAAACGAUUCUCGAAAUCACUGAUCCUUUUCUUUAAAAGGAUCGAUUCGCAGCGCAGUCAGCCCUGGGACGAAGCUUGUAUUUAUUCACUUAUUCGUGGUUGUUCGCGGUUGCUAUAAACGAAACUAACAUUACCGAACAAG